AUCCACCGCCUGCCCAUGCCCAACCUCAAAGAUGAGCUGCACUGCUUGGGCUGGAGCACUGCCUGCGGCUGCUUUGACAAUGCCACAACAAAAAGGACCAAGCUGAUCCUUCCCUCUCUGAUUUCCUCCCGCAUUUACGUGGUGGAUGUGGGUUCACAGUGCCGGGCUCCCAAGAUCUGCAAGACAAUUGAGCCAGUGGAUGUCUUCUGGAAGUGCAACAAAGGAUACCUGUCUGUAGUCCGCAGCCUGCCCAACGGGGAUAUCUUGAUUGCCAACACAGGGGACGCAGCUGGCAACGGGAAAGGUGGAUUCAUCACACUGGAGAGAGAGAACCUUGAGUUGAAGGGGAACUGGGAAAAUGAGUGUGAUGUUCCCCCAACUGGCUAUGACUUCUGCUACCAGCCACGCCACAACGUGCUGAUCAGCUCCGCUGGAUCAGUCCCAAGACGGGCAGGACGUGGAUUUAAUCCUGAUGACUUGAAGAAAGGGGUCUAUGGGCACCGCCUCAACGUGUGGAACUUGUCCUGCCGCAGCCUGACUCAGUGCUUUGACCUGGGGGAGGACUCCCUGCCCCUGAGUGUGAAAUUCCUGCACAACCCUGAUGCUGCCGAGGGCUACGUCGCCUGUGCCCUCAGCGGCAUCAUCUACCGCUUCUACAAGUGUGAGAGAGAAAACUGGGCAGUGGAGGAGGUGAUCCGGAUCCCAGCCAAGGACGUGUCAGGAUGGAUUAUGUGCAAGAUGCCAGCCUUCACCACUGACCUCAUCAUCUCCAUGGAUGACAAGUUCCUGUAUCUCUGCAACUGGCUGCAUGGAGACAUCCGCCAGUACGAGCUCUCCAAGCACUGCAAGCCCCGCCUGGUGGGACAGGUCUUUGUAGGAGGCAGCAUCCUCAGAGGAGGACCUGUGACUGUGUGCAGAGAUGAGGAGCUGAAGUGCCAGCCUGAGCCCUUGGUGGUCAAGUGCAAGAGGAUCUAUGGUGGCCCCAGCAAAAUGCAGCUCAGCCUGGACGGCAAGAGGCUGUACGUCACCAACUCCUUCUACAGCACAUGGGACAAGCAGUUCUACCCCAACGUGGUCAGGGAAGGCUCUGUCAUGCUGCUGAUCGAUGUGGACACCGAGAAGGGAGGCCUGACUGUGAACAAGAACUUCCUGGUGGAUUUUGGCAAGGAACCCAAUGGGCCUUGCCUUGCCCAUGACAUUCGCUUCCCCUCUGGAGAUUCCACCUCUGAAACCUUGGCCUAG